AUGACGGCGAAUAGUCACAGCUUACAGAAACUGGCCGCGUUCCUCACAAAUCUGUCCGUAAACGUCACUCAUAUUGUCAAGACAAACCGGCAAGGAGAUGUCAUCAAGCGGAUCAAAAUGAUUACGGGGUUAGCUACGCAGAUGGAUGGCAGAGAUAACCAAUACCCUCCGAGGAUUGUUGGUUUCGGGGCUGGGCCGAAAGAUGUUGAGUUCUUCCUUGCGGGGAGCUUGUCUCCGCCAAGACGGGCCGAGGGCCACAAAAAGGGCAAGAAAGUCCUGGUAGCAGGUCCGAGUCAACGGGUCGAUGGCCGAUACGUAAGCGUGUACGAGCACUUCGAAGAGACUUAUAAAAUAAUUAUCCGGGAUACGACGUUCCCGGUUAUCAAUGUGAGCAUCCAAAAGAACCCGUCGUACCUGCAUGUGCCUUUGGAGGUGUGCCAUGUCCUGCCAGGCCAACCUGCGCGAUCGCAGCUAAGCCCCAAUCCAGUACAACAGACUAUGAGGUUUGCGGUGCGGAAGCCGACAUUCAACGCGCAGUCUAUUGCCACGUCUGGGUUGCAAACUCUGGGUCUAUCGCCCACCUGCCCUACUCUGACAUCGUUCGGCAUUCAAGCACGCCCUGAGUUGAUUGCCGUGCCAGGUCGUGUGUUAGCACCGCCUGUAGUUAAAUACUGCGGGGGUAAGGCUGCCGAUGACAGAUACGGCAGCUGGAACCUUCGGUCACUUCAGGUCAACUCGGCCGCCAACUUGGCUCGUGGGACUUAUCUCAGCAUAUCAGUUCGGGGUAAGGACCACCCUUGGGCCAAUAUACUGGAGCUCAAGUCGUUGCUUGAUAGAUUCAGGGAUACACUCAGAAAGCUAGGUAUCAAUGCAGGAGAAUGCGUCAAGGGUCUUGACAUCGAGGUGAAACCCCACAAUGCCGACGCCCAGGUUGAUAUUGCGAUCCGCUGUUUCGCGACCAGCCAGAACCCUCCGCAGCUUCUUCUCGUCAUCCUGCCAGCUUCCGAUAAUGUUGCGCUGUAUAACCGUGUCAAGUUUGCGUGCCAUGUCGAAGCAGGACUGAUCAAUGUGUGUGUUGUCGGCUCAAGUUCGCCAAAGUGGACGAGCAGUACUACGCGAAUGUGGGGUUAA